GGGCCAUUAGAAUCCCAACUGUGUCCUGGUCUCCAGAGGAUUUGAACACAACUGCCAUGGCAGAAUUUGGGGCUUACAUUCGGAAAGUCUUCCCAGCUGUAUUUUCUUCAAAGUUCAUCCAGCAUGAAACUGUUGGCCAAUACAGCCACCUGUUUACAGUGCAGGGCUCAGCCCCUGGCCUGCUGCCCUACAUGCUGCUGGCACACAUGGAUGUGGUGCCUGCUCCCCCUGAGGGCUGGGAUUUCCCUCCUUUCUCAGCUGCAGAGCACCAGGGAUUCAUCUACGGCCGAGGAACGCUGGACAACAAAAACUCUGCCAUGGUACGUGGGCCUGGUGAUGUCCUUCCACACAGACCCAGCCUGGCAAAGGCAGAGGGAGCUGCCCAUCCUCUGGAGUUCUCUGUGCUGGCUCUGUCUCGUUCCUUUCUGUCAGGGAUAAAUUCCUGUCAUGGCUAUAAAUUCAUCUGCUAUCAGGCCAUUAACAAUCUCCAAUCAAUUUUCCUGGAAGAUUCUUUUAUGUUGCUCUGGAGCUGUUCCCCAGGGGAUUUCGUGCAUUCCUUGUGCUGUAGCCAAGAGCAAGGUGCUUUCCAGUUUUCCUCCCAGAGUUUUGGCUGGAUGUGCUCAGUUCUCUGCUGGAUUGCACAGGUGUCUGGGCUGAAGGGAGCAAGGAGAAUUGCAGCUCUGCUGGAAGCCAGAGGGGUGAAACUCUCCUUCCUGCUGGAUGAGGGCAGUGCAGUGCUGGACGGCAUCAUUGCAGGGGUGAAGAAACCAGUGGAGACAAGUAUUGGCAUUCUGGCAGCAGCCAUGUCCAGGCUGGAGCAGAAUCCCUUGCCCAACCUGUUUGGCCACGGCCCAGAGCUCAUGACCAUGGAGCACCUUGCAGCAGAGUUCAAGUUUCCUCUCAACAUCAUCAUGAGCAAUUUGUGGCUGUUCUCACCUAUUGUCAGCAGAGUCCUUGCCUGGAAACCUUCCACCAACGCCUUGAUCCGAACAACCACUGCAGUCACCCUGUUUAAUGCAGGAAUCAAGGUGAAUGUCAUCCCUUCCAUUGCCAGAGCCACAGUGAACUUCAGGAUCCAUGUGUGUGUGUUUGACCCCCAGGUGCUGGAGGCAGUCAGGAGCACCAUUGCUGAUGACAGAGUGAAGAUUGACGUGGUGGAGGCCUUUGACCCGCUGCCCAUCAGCCCUUGGGACCAGCAGACAUUUGCAAUCCACAUUUUACAAAAAACCAUCCUGGACAUUUUCCCAGAUGUUGACAGUGUGGUGCCAGGCACGUGCAUCGGGAACACGGACAGCCGGCACUUCAGCAACGUCACCAAGGCCAUUUACAGGUUCAACCCUCUGCUGCUGUUGGGCAGCAGCUGUAGCUCAUGA